ACUUCCUCACAAACUUUCGGGAUUUUGUUGUGACUGGAAUUGACUAUUUUCCAAGUAUUUAUUUAAGGUAUUAGGAUUUAAAGACAAAAUGUCACGGGCUCAAGCAGAAAGUGUCAUUAAAAACAUCAUCAGGGAAAUUGCACAAGAAUGUGCUAGCAAAGGGCAAGCUGUGUCAGAGACACUUGUAGCAUUCAUGGUAAAAGCUGUUGUGCUGGAGCCAUCAAAUGAGUUUAAUGUAGAUCGAACAUUAACAAAGGACGAUGUGCAGAAACUCAUCAAGUUAUGUGUGGAGCGACUUAUGGACUCGAGGUCUCCAGCUCUUGAUACAGUUAAAAUGCAGGUGUACUUUGACAUGAAUUACACAACUAGAUCUGAUUUUCUAGAAGAGCACAGACGAGUCUUGGAAUCUCGUCUCCAACCUGUUAUUCGUGAAAUCACAGACAGCAGGGCCAGAACUCGUGAGGAGCUGGAAAGUCUCUACCGAAAAAUUGUUUCUGCAGUGCUGCUGAGGUCUGGUUUAGGAAGCCCCACAGAUAUUGCAGUGGUCAGGGAAGCAACAGCGGCCCUCCAGAGUGUGUUUCCACAGACAGAACUUGGCACGUUUAUGUCACUCACCAAACGAGACAAGGAAAGACAACUACUGGAGCUCACCAUGAUUGUCACUGGUAUCCGAUUGUUCAACAAAGAAUGUGGCAAAGGAGGAGAGGGAAUAGACGAUUUACCAGCCAUUUUAAAUGAGGCAGUGCCAGCAACAACACAGAAUGUUGACUCUGAGGUGCAGGCUACACUGAGAUGUGCUGCCAAUUAUACAGCUUUGAUAGAGAAGAUGCAGAAUAGUGACAAUCAAGAAGGUCCUUCAACACAGCUCCUCAAGGAUUCUCUCAUCAAUACCCGACAACAUGAGGCUUUUCUCAGGGUCAUCCUAAAUGAUGUGAUCAGCUGUGCCCAGCAGGUGGAGCAGCUAGAACAACAGCUGGCUACAAGGAUGGAACAGCUUCAGGCAACUGUCCAGUCUAAAACAGCUGUUCCUACGGCCCAGGUUUACCCUCAGUUUAUCCACCUGUCACAGCUCUGGAGCUGUUUCCAGGAUGAAAUGGUCCUUCUAAGUGUCCUGAGUAAUAUCCUUGCCAGUUUGGAGCCAUUCUCCAGGGGACACAGAGAACUUUUCAGUGACGAGGUUCUAGCUCCUUUCCUAGAGGGGGCAGUUAUCAAGACAGACGAUCAACGACUACAGGAGACGAGUGGACCUGAAAACAGAAUUAACCCAAAAGAACUGAAAGAUUUUGACUGGCUGUAUCCAGAAACAACAAAGAACUUCAACAAAUUACCCAUUCAAUACAGAAGUUUCUGUGCAUGGGCGUUAGGAAACUUUGACCGUCUGCUUAUCCCUAGUAAUCCAGAAAUAGGUGUACUGAGGUAUAAAGACCACUAUUAUGCAUUCUCAUCUAAACAAGCAGCAUAUGAGUUCACUCAAAAUCCAGAUGGGUAUAUAAGAUUGGUGGCCGAAGGAGCUAAGAAGAGUCCUGAGUUAAUACAACUUUUAGAACUACAUACACAAUUUGCCUCUAUUACUCCAUAUUCACAGGGUAAGGACCAAGGGCGUAUGAUAGAGAAACCUGUGACAAAAUGUGAUAGCGGUACACAGACAGAUACACAUCUCCUGGAGGCCAACAUUGUUAAAUCGUACGAGUGGAAUGAGUGGGAGCUGCGACGGAAGGCCAUCAAAUUGGCUAACUUAAGAACACGAAUAACACAUUCUGUACAAACCAACCUAAGCAACAUGAGGCGGGACACUGCCAUCCAAGUUUGGCCUCCCAAAGAAAAUACAACCCAGACCAAAACCGAUGCCUACACCAAUGUGCCACGCCCUCAGGUGUUCCUGGCAGGCUUAAGAGGAGGCGGCAUGACAACUGCUACAGAAAUGGAAAAAGUCGACCUUACAAUAGACGUCGACCAGACGUAACUCAGUCAAACAGAACAACUCUACUAGAUAUCUUUAGAAAGCAUCUUGCUAGAA